AUGGGAAACUGGGUGGUUAACCAUUGGUUCUCAGUUUUGUUUCUGGCUGCUUGGUUGGGGCUGAAUGUUUUCCUGUUUGUGCAUGCCUUCCUGUCAUUUGAGAAGGACAAGUACUACUACACAAGACAAAUCCUGGGGUCGGCAUUGGCCUGGGCCCGAGCCUCUGCUCGCAGCUUGCAUUUUAACAGCAUGCUGAUCCUGCUUCCCUUGUGUCGAAAUUUGCUGUCCUUCCUGAGAGGCACCUGCUCGUUUUGUAGGCGCACCCUGGGAAAGCAACUGGAUCACAACCUCACCUUCCACAAGCUGGUAGCAUAUAUAAUCUGCCUACACACAGCUAUUCACAUCACCACACACCUGUUUAACUUUGAACGAUAUAGCAGAAGCCGACAGGCCACAGAUGGAUCCCUUGCUUCCAUUCUCUCCAACCUAUCUCAUCAGGAGAAAGAUUCUUGGCUAAAUCCCAUCCAGUCCUCAAACACGACAAUGGAGUAUGUGACAUUCACCUACACUGCUGGUGUCACUGGAGUGAUCAUCACAAUAGCUCUGGUUCUCAUGGUGACUUUACCUAUGGAAUUUAUCCGGAGGAGUUAUUCUGAGGUCUUCUGGUAUACACACCAUAUUUUUAUCAUGUACUUCAUUGGCUUAGGGAUUCAUGGCUUUGGUGGACUUGUCCGGGAUCAAACAGAAAAGAACAUGGAUGAGAAUCAUCCUCACAAGUGUGCAGAGUUUUUCGAGAAGUGGAACGAUCCUGACUCCCACUGCAAGCCUCCCCAAUUUGAAGGGCUCCCCGCUGAGUCUUGGAAGUGGAUCCUUACACCAGUCAUUAUUUACAUCUUUGAAAGGAUCCUCCGAUUUUAUCGCUCCCAGCAGAAGGUUGUGAUUACCAAGGUAGUCAUGCACCCAUCCAAAGUUUUGGAAUUGCAGAUGCACAAGCAUGGCUUCAGCAUGGAAGUGGGACAGUAUAUUUUUGUUAAUUGCCCCUCAAUCUCUUACCUGGAGUGGCAUCCCUUUACCCUGACCUCUGCUCCAGAGGAAGACUUCUUUUCCAUUCAUAUCUGAACAGUGGGGGACUGGACAGAAAAUCUCAUAAGGGCUUUUGAACAACAGAAUUCACCAGUUCCCAGGAUCAAGGUGAAUGGUCCCUUUGGCACUGUCAGUGAGGAUGUCUUCCAGUAUGAAGUGGCUGUGUUGGUCAGAGCAGGAAUUGGGGUCACCCCCUUUGCUUCCAUCUUGAAAUCCAUCUGGUACAAAUUCCAGAAUGCAGAUCACAACCUCAAAACACAAACGAUCUAUUUCUACUGGAUCUACAGGGAGACAGGUGCGUUUGCUUGGUUCAGUGACCUAUUGGUUUCCCUGGAACAGGAGAUGGAGGAAUUAGGCAAAGUGGGUUUCCUAAACUACCGUCUCUUCCUCACCGGAUGGGACUGCAACUUUGCUGGUCAUGCGGCAUUAAGCUUUGACAAGUCCACUGAUAUCCUUACAGGUCUGAAACAGAAAACCUCCUUUGGGAGACCUAUGUGGGACAAUGAGUUUUCUACAAUAGCUACCGCCCACCCCAAGUCGGCGGUGGGAGUCUUCCUAUGUGGUCCUCAGACUUUGGCAAAGAGCCUGCGCAAAUGCUGUCAUCAGUACUCCAGCCUGGAUCCUAGGAAGGUUCAAUUCUACUUCAACAAUGAAAAUUUCUGAAUUAUAAGAAUAAGGAUGGUAAUCUGCAUUUAGCCUCUGUAUCUUCAACAAUUUACUUGGUCUGGUCAGGUUUGGGCAACCACUUAAGGACAGUAACAUGUUUCUUUCAAGCCUUG